AUGUCUAAGCAGGCCUUCAAUACCGAUCUCACCAUGACCGCAGCCGAAGAGGAAGCUCUCGCCGAGUCCGGUGAGGACCUCUUGGUGGAGGACCUCCCCAAAGGGCUAAUCGACGAACUCACGUGCUCCCCCGACCAUCCUGCGGCGAAAAAGGCUUGCAUGGACGCUGGCGCAGGCCAUACCAGCAUUAACUCCCCCGCCACCUCCUCUGAUUCGGCCCUGGCGCAGCCCCCGCGGUCUCCCAUGCCCCUCGCUGCUGCUGCUCCCGCGUCGCCCUCGAGCAGCCCCAUGCCCACGCCGGCAGCAACUGCUGCCUCCCCCAACGCCCCGGCCCUCCACGCCGCUGCCUACGCUUCAGUCAUCGCUGGCGUCAACCCGGCCCCCGCGCUGCCCGCCUCGCUCUUCGCCUCACCUGCGCCUGGCGGAUCCCCCCGUAACCUCCGCCGCGCGCGCACUGCUACGGCCACCCCGAUGCUCCUCCCCCUUCGCCGCCGCGUGGUAGUCACGCUCCUCCUCCCGGAGGCCGUGUUGGAGUCGCACCGCACGGAACUCCUCGCCGGGAUCAACGCGUUCAAAGCCUUCACCGCCGCAAAGGCAGCCGGCGCUCCCACCCUGUCUAUUCGAAACGUCCCCCUCGAGUUUGAUCCGGAGGAUAUCCGCGCCUCUCUCCUCGGGACCACCGACGAGGACGGCGCGCAUUGGCUCGCGGACCCGACUGAUUUUCACCGUGCUUCCGACCCCUACGAAGACACCUUUUUCACCCACCUCGCAGGGCUCCCGGUCGCCACCCCCGAUGAUCCGAACUUCGAACGGAUCCCAUCCGAAAUCCUGCUGGAGUCGAACAAGCCCGCUAUGCUGCUCAAUUUCUCCUGCCACGUGUGCUCGCUGUGCGGUAACAACCAUCGCGCAUCGGACCACGAGGCUUUUGCUGCUCGCCGCCGCGGGCGCCUCACGAACAAGAACACGAUCUCAAUUGCUCAGCUGCAGCAGGCAAACGGUACGAAAUCUGUUGCUCUUAUUUUUUCCGCAAGCAUCCUCCCUUCCCUCUCGUCUCCCCCUACCCUCAAUCCCGCCUUCCCCACCCCCCCUCACUCUUUUCACCCCCCACCCUCUCAGGGACCCAACUGCAACCGUCCCCAGCGCUCUGACCGGGCCGCCCGACCCCCAACGUGGCUCCCCCCCUCGGCCAGCAGCCCCCUCCCCCCGGUCUCUCCCACAUUGCUCUCAAGCAGGCCGCUCCACCCCCCUCUGGUCUCUUCUCCCCCCCCGCCUGGGCUCCCGAACACCCCCGCCCCUUCUCCGCGCCUUCCUCCCCUCCCUGCACCCCCCUCCUCCCGCUGCCAUUUAGCCCACAUGGUCCUCCCCCUCUCGGUCCUCACCCUCACCUCCCCCUCCUGCCCCACCCCUCCAACUCUCCCUCCCCCCCUUAUUCCUGCACCUCUGUCCACCCCCUCGCCCCCCCUGCUCCCCCCUCCUCCCCCCAACACCAACCCCAUCCAGUCACCACUUCCCCCUCCCCCUUCCCCACAACCUCACUGGUCCCCUCCAACCCCCGCACUCACCCCCUGCUGCUCCUCUCUCCCUAAGAGCCCCCCUUACCCUCUGCCGUGUUGCUUCCCCCCCCGUACGGCCGCCCGGGCCCCUGCCAACCCCACUUUCAACCUGACCCUACCCACUCCCCUCGCUCCUCCCAUCCCUCUCCCCGCGCCAGGUGCCCCCCCACACCCCGCCUUCACCCCCGUCACCCACCUCUCCCCCACAGCGCUUCCUUCUCCGGCCCCCCAUGUCGUGGGGCUCCUACUCACUCUCCCGCCCUCCCCACACCACCCCACCCUCCCUGCCCUCUCCAACCCCUGUCGGCAACCUUCCCUCCCAGGACGCUCAGCCCUUGCCACCAACGACGGACCCCCGCCCUCCCACACACUCACACCCCACCCGCACUCUCCCCCUGCUCUCCCCCCCCCUCGCAGACCGCACUUUCUUACGGAACCCCUCGCCCUGUUCCCUUCCAACACUCCCCCCACUUUAGGCGCCUUCCCUCCCAGGGUCUCCCCAGAGGACGGCCCCGCUGCCCACCCCCACGCUGGCACGGAGACGCUCCCCUCCCCCUCUCUCUCCCCCCUGUUUCUAACAGCACCCUCCCCUACUUCCCCCACACCCCGACUCCUCCCCUCCCCUCCCUCUCUCCCGAUCCCCCUCCUCUCGCCACUCCACCCCCCUCUGGUCUCUUCUCCCCCCCCGACCGGACUCCCGAACACCCCCGCCCCUUCCCCGCGCCUUUCCCCCCUCCCCGCACCCCCCUCCUCCCGCUGCCAUUUAGCCCACCCCCCCUCUCGGUCCUCCCCCUCACCUUCCUCACCUGCCCCACCCCUCCAACUCUCCCUGCUCCCCUUAUUCCUGCACAUCCGUCCACCCCCCCGCCCCCCCUGCUCCCCCCUCCUCCCCCCAACCGCCCCCUCUCUUGCAGGCAACCUUCUGGGGACUCAUGCCGCGCCGACCGCCUUCCGCAACGACCCCGGCCUCCUCUACAUCGGGCUGGACGACUGGGUCGAAUACUGGACAUGCGCUCUCUGCGACUUCACCUGCGGCGCUGCCCUCGACAGCGCCAUGGAGCAUAUCCAGUCCGACCUGCACGCCACCCGCGUGAAGGCCUCUGCUCACCGCCCGGCUGCCAAGGACGACUUUGGUCCUUGGCGCGCACUCAUCUUGCUGCAGCAGAAGGCUCCGGUGACUGCCUUCCUUCGCGGCCGUCCUUAG